AUGUCUUCCUCCCUCGGUGGACCCAACCAGCCGGCCUCAGGAGCUCAGCAAACCGCCCAGGGCGCGACGGCCCCUCCAGGAGCCCCCACUGCGUCUGCUUCCAACGCUCCGCCCAAUGCUCCCACAGGCCCUGCAGCCACGGCAGGCACGACAGCCCCCCCAAACGCCCCCACAGGCCCUAGCGCUAUGACAGCUCAGGAGCCUCCAGGCGUCCGAAAGAUCCCGUCCUCAGCCCAAGACGUGGCCACAGCGUCAUUAAGGGCGUGCCUACCGGACCUAGGAACUCCGAACAAGAACAGCAAAGCUCGUAGAGGGAUGGCUGCUCUGAGGGCCAGACCGUCCGGACAAACUGCUUUGAGUGCGGCGGCUGGUGGUGUGGGAAGGGCGACUGGCAGUUAUGGUGGUAGUGAUACGGAGAUGGGAGAAGGUCUGCCAUAUGGGGACGAGGGUGUGGACUACCGCCAGGGGUCCGAGGAGGGGGAGUUGAGAGCCGUCGGGACUGCCGAAGAAGAGGAAAAGCAGAAGAAGCUGAGAGAAGCCCAAGAGGCGCUUGAUAAGAGGCGCUUGAUAAGAUGA